AUGCCGCCAUACUUGAAAAUGUAUGACGGCACGACGGACCCGGAGGAUCAUGUGACCCACUAUGUUACUGCAGUGAAAGGCAACGACCUUGAAAAAGAACAAGUAUCGUCCAUAUUGCUGAAAAAGUUUGGAGAGACCCUGACCGGCAAGGCCCAGACUUGGUACUCGCAGUUACCUACGCGCUUCAUAGAUAUGUUCGAGGAAAUGGUCGACAAUUUCGUCACCGCCCAUGUGGGGGCCAAGAAAGCAGAGGCAAAGGUGAACGACAUAUUCGCCAUCAAGCAAUCACCCAGCGAAGGACUCAGGGACUUUCUCGCCCGGUUCAACCGUAUAAGAAUGACCCUUCCGAAUUUAUCUAAAGGAAUAGCGGUGGUCGCCGUCCAAAAUGGGCUGAGCAGAAGUGGGUCGCGAGCGACCAAAAAGUUGCUAAGCCGACUCAUGAAAUACCCUCCAACCAGUUGGGAUAAGAUACACAACGCCUACUUUGCCGAGGUAAGAGCUGACGAGGAUGAUUUUAACGGACCUACUCAACGUCUAACCUCGGUCCAAAUGGAGUCUAGGAAAGACCGAAGAAACGAAAGCAGAAGAGAUCUAGAAGGGUCACGAUCUAAUCGAGAAAGACAUCAGCCUUACGUCAGAGGCACUCUCAUGCCGCCUCCACGUCACAAUGAAGGUCCAUCCAGGCCGCGAACGGGAAUCCACCGAAAUGAAAGAGUCUACUCAUUGCAAAAGCUUAGCCCAAAGGUAAAAUGUCCACAGAAGAUGAAGUCCGACCCAGCACCAGAAAGUCAAAUGCCCUCUGCGAAUUCCACCAGGAACGGGGUCAUAAGACCGAGGACUGCAUCGCCCUUAGACAGGAGGUCAUGA